ACCCGCAGACUGAGCACGCUUCCACCCGCUGCCGUCAACCUCCCAUGGCAUGUCGUAAAACUGAGCUAUCGUUGUUGUGAGAUAAGUAAAGUGUUCUGGCCCCUGAUAUCCAGACUGUGGAGGGUUAGAAAUGAUGAGAUGUGUCAUGAUGGUGCUUGAUGCUUCUGCACUCGAGCCGGUACCCUGUAACAACAUGGAGGACGUCGUGUAGGCUCCAAAGAGCCAGAGGAUGAGGAGAAUCAUCUGAAAAACAAGCUCGGAAAUGGCAACAUACAACACUGAAGGGCAUGCUGUUGUUGUGGAGGUGAGCCCAGACAUCCACAUCUGCGGCUUCUGCAAACAGCAGUACAAUAACUUUGAAGUUUUCCUUGCACACAAGCAACAUGGAUGCACACUACCCACCUGUGAUGCAUCAGGCACAACAGUAACAGCCACCCUCCCAGAUCCCAGCACUGAGUUUGUCUUUGAGGAAACUUACCAGACCUGUGUCAGGAAAGGUGUGAAAAAGAUCCUGACCAAAGCACAGAAAACACCUUCUAAAAAAUUAAAACCUGCCCUGACUUCAAAGAGACACAGCUGCUGUUUCUCAGGUUGCACUUUUAAGACGCAGUAUGGCCAAAAAGACAUGGAGCGGCAUCUCAAAACACACACCGGUGAGAAGCCGUUCGAAUGUGAGCUGUGCCACAAGCGCUUCAGUCGCCGGGACAAGCUCAACAUGCACAGCCGCUCGCACACGGGCGAGAAGCCGCACAAGUGUAAACACUGUCCCUAUGCAGCAGCAGAUAGCAGCAGUUUGAAGAAGCACCUGCGAAUCCACUACGACGAGCGGCCCUUUAAAUGUCAGAUCUGUCCGUACGCCAGCCGCAACUCCAGCCAGCUCACCGUUCAUCUCCGCUCACACACUGGGGAUUCGCCGUUCCAGUGCUCGCAGUGUGACGCAAAGUUCAAGAUCAACUCAGACCUGAAGAGGCACAUCCGGAUCCACUCGGGUGAAAAGCCUUUCAAGUGUGACUUCUGUGAUUACCGCUGCGCCAUGAAAGGCAACCUGAAGUCUCACAUUCAGAUCAAACACAACUCGGGGGACUCCUUCAAAUGCUCGCACUGUGACUUUCAGUGUUCCGGCAAGACCGCUCUGCGGCAGCACACGCGGGAACACCAGCCGGUCCAGCCCAUGCAGUGCUCCAAGUGCUCUUACUCCUGCAUCAGCAAGGGGGCGCUCAAAGUCCACGAGAGGAUCCAUUCGGAGGAGAGGCCUUUUAAAUGUGACUUCUGCGACUUUGCCUCCAAGCAGCGCAGCAACUUAGUCAUCCACAAGAAGAAAUGCCACUCGGAUAAGCCGGAGAAAGGCAGCAGAGGGAAGGGUGGGAAAAGUGGAGGGAAAAGCCAAGGAGGGGAUGCAACAAAACCUGCCAGCUCUAGAUACCGGGCCAAGCUAGAGGCGGCCCGGGCUUUCUGCUGUGACUCCUGUGAUGCUUCUUUUGUGAGGGAGGACUCUCUGCGGAGCCACAAGAAGCAGCACAGAGACACUGAAGGUGUGAUGCACCUGCAGACUUCCACACUAACUGAUGUCAACAUGGUUCCUGUCCCGACGUCACAAUGCAGCUCCCAGCUUCAGGUUCCUCUCCAGUCUGACUCGAUGUCUCCUUACAGCAGCGCACAGCUCAAAAUAAUCGUGUCUCACCCUCUGGGUCAGGAGAACUCUUUAAUCCCAGCAGGCGUGGACGCCCAGACUAAAACAAACAUGGUUCUGCUGAGCCCAGAAAGCCAGGACAUGGUAGUGAACUCCAUGAUCCAACAAGUCAACCUGUUAGCGCCUCUCCAACCCCUCAGCUCCUCGCACACCGCAGAAUCCACCCUCGAGUCCCAGACGGUUCUUCUCACGCAGCUCACCUCUGAGGACGCAAACAACCAGCUCCACCAGGCGCUGCUCCACACCGCCAUCGCCGCUCAGGACUCCAGCGGCGGCUCGCAGGCUUUCAUCACAACCUGCUCAGAACUGGAGGGCCUCAACGCUCUCAUCCAGGAGGGCGGCACGGAGGUGACGGUCGUUACAGAAGGCAACACCGCCAUGGUUAUGAACCCACCGGAUAUGGUGUGUGGCGCUCUGGAGGGGAUGUCUAAACCAGCAGGGAUGGGGAAGCUCCAAGAGAGUGCCUUGCCGUGUGAAGAGAGCGCGCUGCUCGUGCCAAACAUCACUCUGAGCAGCCAGAACGUAGUCAUCCACGGUGUCCCUCUCAUAGUGUCCACGCAGACUCAGCAGAAUGCAAUAGAGCAGCUGUCACCUCACACACUUUACUCUGAUUCACACACGCUGGAAUGAGGAGAGGGUUGGACUUGUUGAUCUAAAUUAAAGACUGUAACUGCAUCAUAAGCUAUUUCUCAGUACUGGUAGUUGCACUUAUCAGUGUCAGCUUUUUUUUUUUUCAACCAUUUUUUUUGUCUUGAAUCAUUGAAGUAAAAAUACUGUAAACUUAAGAAACAUAAUUGUUUCAGUUUAAGACUUUAGAAGAGUUAAUUCACGUCGUAGCACAACUUCUCAGUCCACUAUGUCGUCAUGUUUAGCACUAAAGGACUUGGAAUAUGACGGUUGUUAAUUUGGACAUCAUCUCUAUUUUUUGGUGUAAUUUUCUAGGCAUCGACAUCAAAUCAAAGCCUAUUUUAAUAAGGAUUGAUUGAGUAUAUUGUUCGAAUGAAAUGAGGAUUAUUUUCAGGCAGCAUCUCAGAAUAAAAGUCUGAAAAAUGUUGAAUUGAAUGUCUUGCUAUGGAUGUCUCCCUUUUGUCCACUAGGUGGCAGCAGAGUGAUAGAAUUAAGAGGUAAGUUCACUUCAUAUUUUUGGAGUUCUGAAUACAUGUGGCUUUUUGGAAAUAAAUAUGUUCAUUUUU